AUGUUAAGUCGCCUCGACGCUGAGGAGCAACGUGGUGCUUUUGUUCGCGUACAGUUUAAAAAUGGAGUGGAACCAAUUGAUGCUUAUCUCUGGAACGUCGACCCAAUUACAGGAACCGUUGUUCUUUUUAGUCCGCCAACAGAGUCUUGUGACGACGAAGACUCUUUCAUCGACGUUCAUAUGGUUAUGGCAGACGCGUUGAAAUCUAUAAUGGUGGACGAAAAUGCAGAUAAGUAUCCAUUAGAGGAUGUGGAUCAACUCCUGUUGAGUAGGUCGGUAAAACUGUUGAUUGACUUCCGUUACUUGAAGCCACCUACCUGCCUUAAGGUCCACGAAGUCAAACCCUCCUCAACAGAAAUUGAUUAUCAAUAUGUUCACGCGUUUAAGCACCAAACCACUUGUUGUCGCUCACAGAGGAACAGUUUCAAAGCUCGUUUCCCCGAGAACACGAUGCUAGCCUUCCAUGAAGCAAUCAGAUCUGGCUGUGAUGCACUCGAAACCGAUGUUCGACUUUCUUCGGAUAAGGUUGUUUGUAUUUCUCAUGACAUAACUCUAAAACGUGUAUUCAAUGCACCAGGUCGUAUCCCAGAUUAUAGCUAUCAAGCGACAUUGUCGAAACUUUACACAGUUCAGCAGCCUGCGCAAAAAAUGCCCACACUUGAAGAUGUCCUCCAUUUGCUUGUCCAACAUCAAGAUGUCGGAUUGAUUCUUGAUAUUAAGCCCGACAACAACAUUGAGAUUAUUGAUGCUGUAGUGCAAACAUUGCGCAAGGUGAAUGAAGACAUGUCGUUCUGGCGGUCACGCGUACUUCUUGGUAUCUGGACGCAUCCAUUCUUAAGUGUUACUAAGAAGGUUGCACCCGAACUUCCCAUAUGUCACAUUGGUAUUGAUCAUCGUUAUGCGAUGCAGCACUUUGUACCAUGCAGUCAAGUAGUGGCUAUCAGCAUCAACGUUACAUCUUUUCUCCUCCGGAGCACCAAUGAAUUUCGUCGUUCUCUCGAGGACAAUAAGACGAGGCUCUUUACUUGGACUGUGAAUAACAAUGCAGAACUGUACUUGGCCUGUGCUAACAAAUGUGAUGCCGUCUUGACCGACGAUCCAGUAUUUGCACGUUCUUCUAUGACUCCAUCAUUCCUCUCAUCACAUUGGUGGUCAUACAACCUCUUUUCCUGGUUAAGACUGCUUUACGUGUGCAUCAAGUUGCGAAUUCUUUUCCUUCUUAUUUAUAUCCACUAUGCACGUAAAUAA